ACGGGCAUCGCGCGCCAGCCCGCCGUUACCUUCUCAUUCGCUCGAGACCGUUCUUCGGCGUCUGUAUUUUACGCAACGCUUACACGACCGUAACUGACAUCCGCGUCGAGACACAAACACCGCCAGCCUGCCGACAGACUGACAGACUGCCGUUUUUUUCCCUCGGAGAGUCGGUCGCUUUCUCGACUUCAUCGUUCUUCGGAGAGUAACAGGUGCGGGGCCAGGAGCUUUUCUCAAGUUGGUUGCCGGCUGUUGCUCAGCUUGCCGUUAAGUGUCAAAAAUAAUAUGGCAAACUCGGGCGUUCAGUUGCUUGGAUUCGGUCUCUCUCUGGUUGGCAUCAUUGGGCUGAUCGUGGGCACCAUCCUGCCUCAGUGGAAGAUGUCCGCGUACGUGGGGGACAGUAUUAUCACGGCAGUGGCCACUUACCAGGGGCUGUGGAUGUCCUGCGCGUUUCAGAGCACCGGCCAGCUUCAGUGCAAGAUCUACGACUCCAUUCUACAACUAGACAGUGAUCUUCAAGCUACCCGUGCUCUGAUGAUUGUGGGUAUCAUUGUGUCCAUUUGCGGCCUUGGUGUGGCCUGCAUGGGCAUGAAGUGCACCACUUGUGGAGCCGAUGACAAAGUUCGCAAGGCUCGCACAGCCAUGACGGGAGGCAUCAUACUGCUAGUGGGAGCCCUCUGCGCGAUUGUUGCCUGUUCGUGGUUUGCCCACAAUGUGAUUCGAGCUUUCUACAACCCCUUCACUCCAGUCAACACCAAGUUUGAGUUCGGAGCAGCCAUUUUCAUAGCUUGGGGUGGGUCAUUUCUCGAUGUUCUCGGUGGAGCCAUGUUGGCUGCUUCAUGCCCUCGAAGUAAACAAGUGUCAAAAUAUCCUAAAAGUAACUCUGCACGGUCUGCAAGCGGCAGCAACAAAGAGUAUGUGUGACCAGACCUCCCUCUACUGGACAGACGCUGAAGCAACUUCAGAAGGUGAAGGGUUUCUUCAACAAAAUAAUGAACCGAAUAAUCAAGGUUAAACAGCUGUCGCUGAGAAAGAAAAGAGUUUACGAACUGUAUGUAAUGUCCCGUUAUAAAAAGGGCAAUCGGUUGUCCAAAAGGUCAAAUAUAAAAUGUAUUUACAAACACUCUGGGAGCUUUUCAAAUGAAGGACUGUAGAAAUCUAGUGUCAGUACAAAUACUCACAGGUUGCUUUGAGCCCCCGGUGUUUCACUGAAGUAAAGAGCUAGGUUGUUUUCUGUGUGAGAUUUGGACAGUGGGUCAUGUGUUGGUGUUUUAAAAGCGCCCACUAGGGAGCACUCUAACCAACAAGCAGGUGUUGCCCAAAAUGGAGGGAUUUUUUUGUUUGUUUGUUUGUUUGUUUUUGAGUAUUCAUCCUACAGAAAUGCUAACAUUUUUAAUACUUGAGUCAAGUAAUUUUACGUAAUCGCAGAUGUUCGAGGAAGACCCUGAACGUGAUUUUUUUUUCAUUUGCAUAACACAUUUCAGUAUUAACUCACCACCUCACAUUCAUUUUUAUUGUCCAUCGGCCUAUCUGAACAUCUUUUACUUAUAAAAGCUCAUUGUUAAAUGCAGUGUUAGUUAUUGUUUAUAUACAUUUUGUUUUAAAUGCUGAUUUUCAAUAAAUUGUAUCUUCCUGCUUAUUAA